AUGUCGUAUAGUGGGGAGAUAGAGGAGGACGCGCUGGCUAAGGAUUUGCGAAGCAAGAAUGCCACAAAGGUGUGCACAAUAGAUGUAAAACCAUGCACCCCUCACGAAGGCAGGAGGAUUGAUGGGACGUGCAACAACUUCAAAUACCCCUCCAAAGGAUCAGCUAAAGGACCUUAUUUGAGGCUACUCAAAGUAGAUUAUGGAAAUGACAAUAAAGACAUCCGCAAAGACCAAAACAACAAGGAUUUGCCAUCAGCACGGCGAGUGCGGACGGCGCUACAGACUGACGGACGCGUGGAAGACAAGCAUUCCUUAACCAUCGCAGCCUACCACUACCUCGAGUUUAUCCAUCUGGAUGUCAGCGCGUUAAAUGGGCCCAGGGACUAUCUGCAGAGGAGACAGUACUGUUGCGAGCCCGAGGGGCAACUCGACCCGCGCUGUAAGCCCAUCCCUGUUCCUGCCGACGACCCCUAUCUCCGAGUGACUGAUAUACGCUGCCUAAACUUCUCCCGAGCUGAAACUUUCCAAGACGCUGGCUGCGUUCCCGAAAUAAUACCCCCAGAACAGAUAAACUUCCAAACGCCUCUAAUAGACUUAUCGACGGUGUAUGGGGUAGACGAAAAAGCUCUUGAUUAUGUUCGAGAGUAUGAUCAUGGUCUUUUAAGACUUGAGCGAAGAGGCGAUAGAUACGUACCAUUCAAUAUAUCAAGAGAUGGAAAUAUCACCAGAACAGUUAAUAAUGUAACUUUAGAGUCUCGUGAUGAAGUCAGCAUGCUAACAAUGGCUGUAACUAAUAUAACAAAUAACGACAUAUGCUUACAAAAUGAACGCAAUGAAACCGUCUGUUAUAAAUUUGGAUUCGCAGAGGUCGGGAAUUUCGACCUUCGAACCACGACACUAACAAUUUUCUUCAUGAGGGAGCACAAUCGUAUUGCUAAGGAGUUGCGGCAUCUGAAUCCUUGUUGGAAAGACGACCGCCUGUUCAAAGUUGCUCGUCAAAUUAAUAUAGCAACUGCGCAAAAUAUAUUCCUAUAUGAGCUGCUGCCAUUAUUUUUAGGAUACGAAAACAUGAUCCACUAUAAUCUGAUCUCUGACCGGGUGGAGCGGCUAUCUCCAUACUAUGAAGACGAGGUACCUCUGGUUUAUUCAGAGUUUGAGAUUGCUGUCAGGAGAUAUAAUGAAAAAUAUAAUUUGAUAGGUGAAUUCUCAGUAAGCGAAACCCUGUUCGGACAAGGUCUUAUAGAGACUGCCAGAAACUUUGAAGAAAUCAAUCGUGGUACGUUUUAUCAGCGCGCCGCGAAGUCAGAUGACAUCAUAGACCCUGAGAUUUCCGAGAAGUACUAUGGGAAUUUGCAGAGGGCUCAUGAUUUAUCCUCAAUAGAUAUACAGAGAGGUAGAGAUCUGGGUGUUCGAGGAUAUAAUGAUUACAGUCAUUUGUGCGGCAUGAAACCUGCCAAGAAAUUUGAAGAUUUUUCCGAUAUAAUGGAUGUGGAGAAAAUAUUAGCUUUGAAAGAUCUUUAUGAAAAAAUAGAAGAUGUGGAUUUACUAGCGGGUAUUAUAAGCGAACAUGACAUAAAAGGAGGAUUUGUGGGGCCAACACUGUUCUGCAUUAUGGCGAAACAGAUUCAACUUUGGAGAUUUUCUGAUCGAUUCUGGUUCGAACGAGGCGAUCAGAUGCAUAGUUUGACUUUACGUCAGUUACAUGAGAUCAGAAGGGCGAAUAUAGCUCGUUUGGUGUGUGACAACGCUGAGGGCAUCAAACACAUUCAGCCACAGGCGUUCCUGAAUGUAGGUCACGGAAAUUCGCACGUACCCUGCACCCACAUUCCUGGACCUGACCUAACCAAAUGGAAAGAUUCCAGUUGUUACAAAAAUCGCGAUGAGGGACGUCGGGAAAGGUUGAAAGACGAAAAUGACCCCAUCAACCACAAGGAAACAGGUCGUCACGACCCCCAAAAUAUGAUCUCGGAUUAUACCAGCUUUUUUAAUUCUUUACUCUCAUAUAAUCCCACCGAAGUUGCCAAAAAUGAAGAGUAG